GUAACCACAGACAUCAAACAUCCAGUCAACAGGUGGAUAAUCGACACUUCAGUUCAGCUCGAGAGUAUUUGGACUGGAACGUAAACUUAGAGAGUUCAGGCUUAAUUAUGUUUCACUUCAUACAACCGAUCACCUCGUCAAUGUGUGUAGUAUGUCUGGUCACCUUGUAUCUAGCAUGCGAUCAAUUGGUGCACACGUCAAAGACUACAGUUCUGCAUUCCCGCGCUCCCAAGCAAGAAAUUAAAAAUGAUUUAAAGUCUGGAUUGAUCCAAGUCUCAACAACUUUAUCAGGGCAACAGUUCAUUACUACGCCAAAUACUCAAACCAUCUCGGAAACAGACAACACUCUUUUCCAGACGAACGAUUCACCCUGUACCAUCGUAUCUCUGACGGCGAACUGCUCAGGUCUCGGUCUGGUUGACGUACAUUCGACUUGGUUUCCCAACCGAACCGAAACUCUUCUGUUAAAUAACAACCUCAUUAAAAAGUUAACAAAAUCCUUUUCUCAUCUCGCCAACUUGACGUCUUUAGAUCUAUCCGAAAAUGUCAUCAGCAUAAUAGAGUUGAACGCUUUUGAGGGUUUACAUAAUCUGAAGAGUUUAAGCCUUUUCAACAAUAGGUUGAACUUUACAGAUUCAAACAGCUUUAAAGACAUUUUUAAACCAGUUAUUUAUCUACAAGAACUGAACAUCAUACAGAAUUAUUUAUAUACGGCCGGCAUGCACUCAUUCAUAUUUUUAGAACCGCUGACCAAGCUGCGAAGUCUGUCCUUGGGGUGUGAUGUUGAGACUUUAUAUUUUGGAGAAGAGUUUAGAGAAAUGUCAAACCUGUCGGUUUUGAGAAUUUCUGGAAAUAUUAAAAUUAUAAACAACUCUUCAUUUACCAACGUGGCUGGGCUGUCUGAGCUCUGUGUGGAAUCAUUAGACAACUUACACAACAUUAGUCAGGGAGCCUUCUUACCUCUAGCGAAAUUAAGAGUACUGAAAAUGUUUCAGCUACCGAUGAGCACACAAUAUGUACUUUCACUUCUGGAACCAUUUGAAGGUAGAAAUAUGACUGAAAUCAAGUUAGACACUGUGAGCAGCACGCACACCCGUUCUGAUCCUCGAAUUGAAGGAUAUAUAACGUAUAGAGACACCAAACAUCUUCUUGACAUUUGUCUAGAGACAUUAACACUAAUAAAUUGUCGCAUUUAUUAUUUAGCUUUGGAUGCAUUUCAGCAUGUUGAUAUCUGGAAUAAAUGUUUGAAAAAUUUGUAUAUUUCGCACAAUACUAUAUUAGGUACUUUUACAGCCCUUUCACGUUUGUUAAAACUUGCGUCUUUACGGAUGCUUACACUGAAUAAUUUUAAAAGACCUUGUUUUCAAGUAUCAGAUUUUCCACAUAGCAUAUCCACCGUUCUAAGGAAUGAGGGGACUUGUCCACCAAGCGAUGAGCUACUUUAUAACCCAGCUAUCACAAGUCUGCUAAAUACAAACAUUCAAACAUAUUUGUCGGUAAGGCCAUUUGUUGAUAUUGGAUAUGAAUGCAAUAAAAAGGCAAUAGAAGUUAUGACUAUUUCAGAAAGUAUUAAAUACAUCAAUUUCAAACGUUCAUCCAAUUCACAGGGGAUGAUGUGUAAGUAUGAAAUUAGCGGGGCACAAAAUGUGGAUUACAUGGAUUUCUCGGAGAGUGGUUUAUCAAAUUUUACAGGUUCAUUGAAAGGAUUUAUAUCAAUGAGGACAUUGAUAGUAUCAGGCAAUAAUGUGAAUGUUCUUAAUGAAUCUUACCUGGACACAUUCCCUGCUCUAGAAAACUUGGCUCUUGCUAACUGUCAACUAGAUCGUGAGUUUAUGUCAAUUCACAGCGGGAGAUUGUUUCAAAAUCUGACACGCCUACAGCAGCUUGAUCUCUCUUCUAAUUUGCUCAACUAUUUAUCCACAGACACGUUUAUGUACAACAAACACUUGAAGUGGUUGACUUUAGCACAAAAUCAGUUUCGGGAAAUUCCGUUUUCUUUGAAGUACACACCAGAACUUGAAGUCUUAGAUCUACGUCAGAACUCUCUCAAUACGAUUGACAUGCAGAAAGCUCAUGAACUCGACAUCUUGGUGUCAAGGUCAGGCCAGUUUCAACUUCUGCUAGACGGAAAUCUUUUAACGUGCGGAUGUACUGACUUACAUUUCCUUCAAUGGAUGAGACUGACGUCUGUGACUUUCGACCAAAAUGGAAACUACACAUGCCUUAACAAUAAAGGGGAGAGAACGCACACGCUCUUAUACCCGGAACUUGGAGCACUGUGGAGAGAAUGCUGGGGUAUUUUUUUCUUAAACAUGGCGGUCAUACUAAUGUGUUUUUAUCUUAUUGGAAGUUUCGUCACGUUUAUUCUGAUAAAAAAUGAGAAAUUUAUUGCUUCAUACUUCUUGCAACUUAUCGGAAAUUUUAAACAGCAUACGAAAGAAGAUUACCCUAUAGGUGUAUACAUUGGCUAUUCUGAUAGAGAUUAUUUGUUCCCAUGUACGGAUUUGAGAGAAUUUAUUGAAAAUUCACUUAGGUUAAAGACAUUUUUAAUUGACCGUGAUCUUAUUGCGUCUGUGGAUAAAGCCAGUGGGAUAGUUGAUGCUCUUAACGCCAGUUGGAGAAUCCUUCUCGUCUGCAGCGAAAGUUUCUUGAAGGAAGACGAUUGGUCAAUGUUUACAAUGAGGUCAGCUAUUUAUACACAAAGUCCAGCUAAUCCUGCUCGUGUUAUUAUUUUAGUUCACAAGGAUUGUCUUCCCUUGCUUCCUCCAGCGCUUCUGAGUUCCGUCAAUGAUGAAAAUAUUUGUGUUGUGUCGGAGUGGGCGAUGAACUACGAGAUGAUGCAAAUGUUGACCACAAGAUUAACAUAACUUUUUUUUUUAAUUAUUAUAAUUUUUAAAGUCGUCUUGAGCUCAAUAUCAAGGAGUCGAUCUAUUACUGUAAGUCUAAAGAAAUUUAGAAGUCUGAUAUCGAAUAGUACUUUUACACAUCCCUUAGUCUGUUGCAUACAUAUAUACAUACAUACAUAUAUAGAUAGAUAGAUAGAUAGAUAGAUAGAUAGAUAGAUAGAUACAUACAUACAUACAUACAUACAUACAUACAUACAUACAUACAUACAUAUAUACAUACAUACAUACAUACAUACAUAGAUAGAUAGAUAGAUAGAUAGAUAGAUAGAUAGAUAGAUAGAUAGAUAGAUAGAUAGAUAGAUAGAUAGAUAGAUAGAUAGAUAAAUAGAUAGAGAGAUAGAUAGAUAGAUAGAUAGAUAGAUACAUACAUACAUACAUACAUACAUACAUACAUACAUACAUACAUACAUACAUACAUACAUACAUACAUACAUACAUAUAUAGAUAGAUUGAUAGAUAGAUAGAUAGAUAGAUAGAUAGAUAGAUAGAUAGAUAGAUAGAUUGAUUGAUUGAUUGAUUGAUUGUCAUUAAGACAUGACACUGCAAUAUGACAUUCUACUGGGAAGUAUUAAAUGGAAUGUAUAUUUUUCCAAAGAUGAAACGCUUCAUUUAUUCCUUGGAAUGUCUUUAACUGUUACAUCGUACGACUAAUAACAAAGCUAAUAAUAGAAAUGGUAAAUCCUGUAACUGUUUCGCAAGUCUUGAAAAACCAAAUGUUCUAAUCUAUUUUAUGCAACAUUUUGUGGUUGAUUAAGUUUCGCCUUUUUCUGCAAAAUUCUAAUAAAAAAAUAGAAAGUCUGAGAUCGUAAGGACGUGUGUUUGUAGUCAGUUAGAUUUUGUUUAAAAUAUCAUUUUAAAUUAUUGCUCCUUAAUUUAUAUGCAAUCUCAAGUGGAAUCUGUGUAUAUUGUUAUUAAAAGUGA